GGCUCGCGGGGGAGAAAUCGCGAACCGAAAUCGUGAGCGAGAAGAGUUAGGGUUUUGCUUCGAAGCUCGAGAACAUACCUGUCGUUGCUGCAGCUUGCCGAAGUUUUUCCACCACCGCACCGGAGACGAUGAUCUACGACGUCAACUCCCCUCUCUUCCGAUCUUUCCUCAGCCAGAAGGGUGGCUCCUCCGACAAGAGGAAGAUGGAAGAGCAGAGGCCGAAGGAGCAUAGGCCCAAGGCCAAUGAAAAUAAACCUGUCAUGACGGAGUAAAAUUUUACUUGUUGGCAUCUCCCUUCAGAGUCAAAGGUGGACGAGCGACCGAAUGUUUCAUUUGGAAGUGUGUUUGUCUACCACAAUGUUCGAAGGGUUUACUUUUUGGAUGGGGAUUGAGGACUGAUUUCAAUAUUAAAUUUCAGUGUGGUAUUGGUUUUGUAUGGCAGGUUAAUGAAAGCCGAUUGUUUUUGCUUUGA